AUGAAACGUUUCGUCAGGGAACAUUAUAAUCGUCUUUCUGGUCAAUUUAUUGAAUUAUUGCAUUCGAAGGAUUGUGAAAUAACAAAACAAAUACAACUUGAAGGUGGUAGUAGUAGUAAUAGUAAUAGUAGUAGUAGUAGUAGUAGUAGUAUAGCAGCAGUAGUAGCAGUAGCAGUGUUAAUAGUAAUAGUAGUAGUGGUGGUUAGUAGUAGCAGGAGUAUAGCAGUAGUAGUGGUUGGGAGUAGUAGUAGUAGUAGUAGUAACAGUAGUAAUGAUAAUGGUAGGAAUAGCAACAAUGGUAGCGAUUAA